CGUUUGCUUGCGGCCCGUCAGGGGCUCAGUCCGCAUCCAGGUCAUGACCUGCCGUCACCACGGUCUUUUGACAACGAGAACUGGGCAUGAGAUAUGGGUUACGGCGUUCUUGUGGUUAGACUCGGGCUUUCGUUUCCGGCCAGGAUCAAAAAGAAAUUUUUGGGCCAUUCCUUGCCCUGCUGUGUUCGCCUGGCGGCGACAUGGUCAGACGGCUAGAUGGGGUAUCGGCGCAACGGUUGGAGAGCCUAGGCUCACUACGGUCUUUCCUGCAUGGGCAUUCUACCGAUCUAUUUUUUGAGGUUAUUGAUGGCAUAGCGCGGGCGAUUCACACGACUGGGACAGUCUUCAUGAACUGGGAAAUAGAAAACAUGAAAAGCUGCGAUGGCGUUUGGUGUAUGAAUGAAAUCGAUUGCACGGCUGCGUUGGUCGCUGUGGAUAGAAACGUUUUUCCCCAGAAGGCUACUGGGCGCGAUAUGGUGACGGUGAUUGGUGGUGAUGGGGGCGGAGUGGUGAAGUCAUGGAUCCUGGCAGGCGCGACUCGCGUCGGAACUUUUGGCAUCGAGGGCCUGCGCUCCAUCGCUCCAACGUGCACACCCACGCCAAUGGCCUCUAACUACACCUGCAGAGCCUGCUCGCGCGUCUUAUCGAGAUGGUCUCCUUCGCACCUCCAAGUAAACACGCUGUCACCGCCUUGAGUGCUUUUUCUAACCGCCGCAGAAAACUUGUCCGCCCCGCCAGGCUCCGCGCUGUAGAAUUUCCCACCCGCACCGAGCCCUCUCGACGA